AUGGCAAGUGAGACCAGAGAUACCGACGCGUACCUGCUCCUCGCCAACGACAGGCUGACUGCCGCCGUCAACAAGUCAACCGGGGCUAUCAACUACCUCUACCUGGAUGGGCAGAACCUGCUCGGCACAGCGGCCGGUUCCAGCGGCAUUGGGCCAUACCUGGACUGUUACUGCACCCCCAAAGGAUUCUACAGCCCGGGGUCCCAGAAUGCAAACUACACCCUUUACUCUGGCGUUGACUCGCUGAACGUGUCCUACGGAGGGAUAUCCAUGAGCCAGGUCUAUGCUCCCACCGGCCAGAUCCUUGAGCAGUACUGGUUCCUCCGAGACGGCGAGACUGGCCUGCACAUGUUCAGUCGCUUUGCCUAUCACAACAAGACAACCCCUACGUCGGGCGUCUUCCAAGAAUUCCGGACCUUGUUCAGGCCCAACACACCGCUCUGGACAGAGCUGGUCACAGACUCGGAGUUCCACGGGCCCUCACCCGUCCCAAACCCCGCAGCAGGCAACUCUUCUUUGGCAUACACCGUACAGGAUGCGACUUGGUACCUCGGCAACAGGACUGCAGAUCCGUACGUCGAGGCUGUCUCUGACUACUUCACCAAGUACACCUUCUCCACCACGUGGAGGGACCAGAAAGUCCACGGCAUGUUCGCGGACGGCAAGCACAGCAACGAUGGGUCUACUUUCGGCUCUUGGUUCGUGAUGAACACCAAGGAUACCUAUUUCGGGGGCCCGACCUGGUCGGACCUGGUGGUUGACGGGAUCGUGUACAAUUAUAUUGUCUCAAACCACCACGGAAACCAGGCUCCCAACAUCGUGGACGGCUUUGACCGUACAUUCGGCCCGUCGUACUACUUCUUCAACAAGGGCGAGCCGGGCACGGAGCUGCAGGACCUGUACAAUGAGGCUCUCGAGCUGGCCACCCCGGAGUGGAACGCACAGUUCUACGACGACAUUGCCCAUCUCGUGCCGAACUACGUCCCCACUUCCGGCCGUGGCUCUUGGAAGGCUACGGUUGAGAUCCCCGAGGGUGGCGAGGACGCGAUUGCGAUCUUGUCGGUUCCGGGCUUCGACUUCCAGGACAACAGCAACGACACCGACGCCUACCAGUACUGGGCUGACAUCGAUGCCGAGACGGGCGAGAUCCAAAUCGACCGCAUCAAGGCAGGCACGUACCGGCUCACCGUGUACGCAAGCGGGAUCUUUGGUGACUAUGUCCAAGAGGAUAUCGUGGUAGAGGCCGGAGAGACGACAGACAGCGGGGUCAUCACCUGGGAAGCCGAUUCGGCCGGCAAGGAGCUUUGGAGGAUUGGCACGCCAGACAAGAGCGGUGGCGAGUGGCUCCACGGCGACCACCCGGACCCAGACCAUCCCCUUCACCCACCAGAGUACCGCAUCUACUGGGCCGCGUACGACUACCUCGACGACUUCCCCAACGGUGUCAACUUCCGCGUAGGCACCUCCGAUGAGGCCACGGACCUGAACUACGUGCACUGGUCCGUCUUUGGCGGGUAUGCCAACUCUGUCCGCCCGACACAAGUCGAGGGCGACGGGAACAUCAACAACUGGACCGUUACUUUUGACGUGGACGACCAGGACCUGGCGGGGACGACUGAGGCUGUCUUCACCAUCCAGCUCGCCGGGGCGAAGUCGGCCUCCGGAAACACCGACGUGUUCAACGCUUCGCAGCCGUACGCAAACAUUCCUUACACCGUUGUGAUGAAUGGCCAUGAACUCGAGACCUGGACGAUCCCAUACUACCAGUCUUCCUCGUGCGCUGUUCGCAGUGGUAUUACAUGCUACCACGUCUCCAACAAGUGGACCUUCCCCACAAGCUACUUGCAUGCUGGCAAGAACAUUACGAACGAGAUCAUUCUCAGCCUGCCUUUCAAUGCUACGGACUAUGAGAGCGCACUGUUGCCGAGGAGCAUUUAUGUACAGUACGAUGCUCUAAGGCUGGAGGUCAAGUAG